GAACAAGUCACUGAGCCAAAAUUACCCGAAUUCGCCAAAGUAACUAAAAUUACUCAAGUCACUGAGCCAAAAACGAACAAGUCAGAGAUAUGCAGCAUGGUGCAAGAAAUAUGUCAAACAUAGAUCUCAUAGAGCAAUUCAGGUGAUGCAUUCAAAAUGUGAAUCUUCAUAAGACAAGUUAAAUUGUCGGCUGUAGAAUCGUCUGUAAUAUUUUUCAUAAUUGUAAUACCAUAAUUAUCCAGUAUUAGAAAUAAAAGUAAAAUUACUUUAUCUCUCUUCUUUCUCUUCAUGUUUCUCUUUAUCCUUUCUAAAUGUUAAAUUUUGGUUUUAUUUGAUUAUUUACAAAUAACUCCAUUCGUUUUGAAUGCUUUCCAACCAAACAAGUUUAGACUUUAUCGGACUAAAUGUUCCUUACUGGUUACUUCCCGAAUACAUCUAUAUACAAAUGCAUGAACUUUCUGUUUUGGAAGAGAAAAGAGGUGGUUCCACUGAAACCACAUUUCGAUACAUUUCCAUGGAUUUGUUGGUAUAUUUGCAAGGCGAGGAAUGACACUCUUUAAUAGAAAAAUCGUAUCCCCGAUUGACACUCUCUAACACGCGUGUAUUGAAGCAGAGUGUUAGAGGAAGGCUAACGAAAAGGAGGAAGCAAAUAAGGAUCAUGACGAUCCUCCUACUACAUAGAUUGAAACAAUGCUCCCUUGGAUACCCUGAAUCCUUAUAUGUCAAGUUGAUGCGUCAUGGAUCGAUAAUGGCAGUGUCAGUGGCUUAGGGUGGAGUCUUAAGGAUCAAAUGAGUUCUCAAUAUUUCGGAUUACAGGCGUGCAACAUGAGUCUCUCAGUUUUGCAUGCUGAGAUGUAAGGUUUACUUUAGCUAACCUUAUGUAUGAGAGAAAGGAGGAUAACCUCGAUACGGUUCGAGAUGGACUGCUCGGACCUAGUGGACAUGACUACAAACCCGGUGGAUUGGCCAACAUUCACACAAAGAUCGAUGUGUUCCAGAGAUUACAGGAGGAUUUCGAGAAUGUGAGCAUGUCUCAUUUUUCUCGAAGUAGAAUGGUCGGGUUGACACGUUAACAAAACAAGCAAAGAUCAGAGACUAUAUUUUUUCCUAUAUAGAUCAGACUCGACCAGACAGAAAUGCUCCUCAGGGAAUCGGCUCAUCUGACCACCACUUGAUUUAUUGUAGAUGGAAAGCUGAAAAAAAAAACAAGGAAUGAGAACAAAAAUCAGGACUGGACUUGGACAUAACCAAGUAAAACAUUCAUAUAGGAUUUCAAAUUUUUUUAAGAAGAUUCUCAAAUUUGUAAAAGAAAUUUUUAUCAAUUUUUUUUUAAAAUGCUUCCAAUUCCUCCCAAAAUCUCAGGACCAAUCCUUACAAAAAUCAAAUUUGAAAAUCUAAACGGAACCAAUCAAAAAUAAUAUGGGUUGAACUAGCCAACAUAAAAAUAUACAUUGCUCUUUUUUGUUUUAUGAUAUUUUAGGUUUUGAAUUUUAUAAACCCCGAAAACCUAAAUUUUGUUAAAAUCUAAUUGGUCUUAUCAAUGGAAUAGUGUGAUUCAAGGUGUAGUGAAUGGUCUAAAUGGAAGAGUUAAGACUUUUCUAUUGAGAUAUUGUUUUCAAGCAGUGGCUCAUGCUCUUUGGCAGGAGAGAAAUAGAAGAAGAGUUGGCGAGUCUUCUCAACCUCCUUCCUUUCUGAUCGCAAAGCUUGACAAAUUGAUAAGGAAUAGAAUCACUUCGAUAAGGAGAAGAGAUGGAGGAAAACAUGAAGCUAAUGGAGGAGCAAAAUAGCUAUCAAUUUAUAGAGUUAUGUUUUUUUCACAUUUGUAGAAAUGAAGCAGUGGAAACUCUGUAAAAAGUUUUUUUUUAUUUGAAUAAAAUUUAACAUUCUUUCAAAAAAAAAAGAAAUUGGCUUUGAUUUUUUUUUUAAUUACUGCUAAACAAUAUUGGAAGAUAAAAGAAAGCUGCAAGCAAAACUCUAAACAAGAAAGAAAAAAAAAACAAGAAAAACGAAACGAGUGGCUUGACGAGUUGUAUAAACAAACUUGAGACAUCCACAUCUCGUCAGUAUUUAAAUAAUUCAUCAGAUCUUGUUCACCGUCAUAUUCACCUUAAACUCUUUGAAAAGAAGAUGAAAAUCUUUGAUCUCUUUCUUAGCUUCAGUAUCUUCUUCCUCUCUCCGUUUGUAUCUCAAGCAUAUAAUCAUGAUUCGAAUUACACCCGCCCACCGCCUCGUGCAGACUUCAUCGUCUCUCACGGCCAUCCAAACUUCUAUCCUCAACAGGUGCAUGUAUCAUUGGCGGGUAAGGAUCACAUGAGAGUAACAUACAUAACGGACGACGUGAACGUUGCAUCGAUGGUGGAGUACGGUAAAAGCCCAAAAAAGUACGACAGAAAAACAAUUGGAGAAUCCACUUCAUAUAGAUUCUUCUUCUACAGCUCCGGCAAGAUCCACCAUGUCAAGAUUGGUCCUCUUCAGCCAAGCACCACUUACUAUUACCGCUGCGGUGGCCAUGGUAAAGAGUUUUCUUUCAGAACUCCUCCGUCCACUUUUCCAGUCGAGUUUGCCGUUGCUGGUGACCUUGGGCAAACUGAGUGGACGGUGAAAACAUUAGAUCAGAUUACAAAACGGGACUUCGAUGUCUUCCUACUUCCCGGUGACCUCUCCUACGCAGACAACCACCAGCCACUAUGGGACUCUUUUGGCCGUCUCCUGGAGAACCUGGCUAGUACUCGUCCAUGGAUGGUCACAGAGGGAAACCACGAGAUCGAGUCUGCCCGGAUCAUUGAAGAACACAUAAGCUUUAAAGCAUACAAUGCCCGAUGGCUUAUGCCUCACGCCGAAAGCCUCUCUCACUCCAACCUUUACUACUCUUUUGAUGCAGCCAGUGUCCACAUUGUUAUGAUUGGUUCUUACACCCAGUAUGACUCCCACUCUGAACAGUACCGGUGGCUCCGUGAAGAUUUAAGAAAGAUUGACCGUAAAAGAACGCCGUGGUUGGUGGCGGUGAUGCACACGCCAUGGUACAGUACAAACAAGGCGCAUGAAGGUGAAGGGGAGAAAAUGAGAAAGGCCAUGGAGGGUUUGCUUUAUCGUGCUCAAGCCGACGUUGUUUUUGCUGGCCACAUUCAUACCUACGAACGUUUCAGGUCGGUAUACAACCACAAGGCCGACCCAUGUGGACCAAUGCACAUAACCAUCGGUGACGGUGGCAAUCGAGAAGGGCUGGCUUAUACGUUUCAUAACCCUCGUUCACCGUUGUCGGCAUUCCGUGAAUCGAGUUUUGGACAUGGGAGAUUGAGAGUUAUAGACAAGAAACGAGCACAUUGGUCGUGGCAUAGAAACAACGACAACUUCUCAGUUAUUGCGGAUGAAGUAUGGUUCGAAAGCACGUCGUCAUCAGCACAUUGUAUUCUUAAUCGCUUUAGAAAUGAACUCUAAAUCCCCUUUUACCAUAAAACAUCAUACAUUACUCUUCUCUUCUCUUCUUUAUUUGGCGUCGUCCUUAGUAAAAUAAUCUCAAAUUUCGGUUAGCUCACAGCUCAUAACACAGGCCUGUCGAAUUCGAAUUUGGAACAUUAAAUUACGUUUCAACAUAACUUGUUAACAUAUAGAGCCAUCACAUAUUAGUAACAAUGGUUGGUUACAAAUUUGUAAUUUCUAAGAGCUCAAAAGUCAAAACCAUAAUUUUAUAUAUGAAAGAAAAUAUUAUAAACC